GCGCACGGCUGCUCGUCGACAACAAGCCGCCGACCGUUGUGCCUAAUACAACUCGGUUUAGUCCACACCGCUACAGGGUGAAGUGCUUCAUAAAAAUCACUGCUCCAGUGUGCACUUAAUUCCAAUACUUUGAUUUGGAAAUCCCUAACGGCACAUUCACACACUUGACACUCGAUUUAUACUCAAUACAAUCAAGCAAUCAUUAAAAUUACGAGCCGCCAACUUAUAAACUAGUCACUUCUAUUUACAAUAAUAAUUCUAAUCGCUUCGAGAUCCUCAUCGUUUCAUCAAUUCCACCAACGACUUCACUGCAAUUUCUUAAGUGUUAACGAACGCACUCGCACAAUACGCGUCUGUCGAGAUGGCAUCUUCCACAUUCAACAUCCGACCAACCAAGUCUACGAGGUCCAUUCUAUGUGGCCUUUUGUUUGCCACUAUCUUUCUUAUCUUCCUCCAGCCAGCAAACUCAGCACCAUCUUGCUCUGGAAAUUCCAACAACGGCGAAGUGUCCGACCAAACCUGCGUCAAUGGCGUAGUCCUCGACUGGUGUCAUCAACAGGUCUGCGGCAAGGGCCCUGGUGAACCUUGUGGAGGUCGUUGGCUUGAAAAUGGCGCGUGUGGCGAAAACAUGUUCUGCGCAUGUGGAGUUUGCAACGGCUGCAACCGCUUGUUGCAAUGCUAUUCCAACUUGAAAUGUUGAACACGUCGUACUACGAAUGAAACUCAUGCUGCAAAUGGUGCCCAAUUCAACCAAGAAAAUGACCAGAAACGCUUUUUGGAAUCACACUUGACGACUCAAAUGACCGGCCACAUUAGCAGUUACACCUAAUGACACUUUGUAAUAGGAUUGCUUAUGUGCCUAUAUGUUCUACUCAUACAUUUAAUAUAGGUCAUUUUUUAACAUUUAUUUCUGCACAGUUCAUUGCAGUAACGUUAAACAUUGAAUGGAACCGAAUUUAUAUAUGUCAAUAUCGUAUGGCGAUCUCUUUUUUAUUUUAAUGCCUUACUCAUAAGACUUUUUGUUAUUUGGCGAUCGAAAGAUAGGGAUAAGUUGCUUGUCAACUGCGCCCUUAUAAAUUGUUUUUUCAUGAUGAAUAGGAUCGUUACUGAUUCUGAAGUGCUUGAUUAUUAGUUAGUUUUAUUUUAUAAAUUGGUGGUUAAAAGCCUACGCCUGUGACCGGGAAACGUGCAAAAAUUAUGUAACAUGUUUUUCAGCCAAUGUUUAGUACUGCAGGUCAGAUCAUUGAACCUGCAAUUGGGCGGUAGCUCUUUUAGUUCAUGAAGUCGAUUAAGGAUCAUGUGAUACUAAUAUUAAAUGCUAGUUCUGAAAACACGUUCAUGCUCGUUGCUUAACAUUUCAGGAAACUAGAAUCACAUUUUUACGGUCAUUUGACGAGAUGCAACGAAAAUGAUUCCCUUUAUUACAAUUAUCGAGAAAAAUCAUGUCAUUGAGGUACCAAUAUUAGGCAUAGAAUUGAUUUUAACUGUGUAAAAUUCUGAACCAUGUGUUGCAUGUCAUUGAGUAUCGUUCUGUAGGAUGAAAAUCAUUAAGAACGUACAAAUAUUAUUUCAAGCAGGCCAAUUGCUAUUGAUUGAUAUAUUUUAUUAUAUUUUAUCUCUGUCUCUUAUGCAAAAUUCUCUUAAAUGUUCAGGAUAGAAGCAUUAUGCAUGAACUAAUUUAUCAACGUAGAACGGAAUUAUUUGCCACCUAUCAGUGUCAACUAGAAUUUUUGUGUAUCGUAAUAUAUAAAAUUCAUAAGCCUGUAAACGGUUUAUUUAGCUCUUUAAUAUAUACUCGUAAACUGCAGAGUGUAUUUUAGAAGUAAUCAUAUUUAUUGACGACAAAUAUGCUAACCUCGUAAGUAAGUGUCGUAAUUAAAACGAUAAACGAGGCACUAAACUGCAGCAUCAGUGGCUGAGAAACUGACCUAACAUGGAGAUUGAUUUGCUUAAUUUCAUUUCUUCCCAAAACACGCGAAAUUAAUGUUGUAAGUUAAGCUGAAACUUUCGUAUUAGGCUUUUGUAAACAAAAAACAAAAUCUCAUUCAGCCUUAAUUUAAAAUUAGGUCUACAAAUUAAUAUAUUAAUUCAAAGACGCAAUAUGACUUAAGGAAUGUUGAAUAUCACUUUAUUUAUAUUUGCUUUGAAAAAUUUUCAGCAUUCAGGUAAAAAGUUUGCUCAGAAGCCUUGAUUGCGCUGAAUUUAUUAUUAUUUACUUUAUAUUUAGGAGCUGCUUUUGAUUAGAAUCGAUAAUACUGAAACAUUGUAGUGCCGCACACAUUUUUCUGUUGAUAUUGUUUUGUUAUCACUUAUUGUACCGUUAAUCGACUCUGUUGUUGCGAAGAAAGUAUAAUUUAUCUGCAUA